GGCUCUCAAGCAUGGUCGUGCUGCCACCAAAAAAAAAAAGUCGUGGAAGAACCUUCCAUUCCAUAUGUUUGAUUUCUCUUUGCCAUCUCCUUCCUGCUGUGAUGGUGGCGGCGUCUCCAGACUCCAGCAAUGAGGGGUGGCAAGGACCUCACCCUCUACAACGCGGAAGCGGCGGGGAGCUGCGCCCUUAAGCAUCCUUCCCCACGCCCUUCCGUCUUAGGAUCCAAUCGCAACGGCCACCUCAUGCGCCAUACCUUGCACCCACCCCUGUACCUGACGUGCUCGAUUAAAUGCCCCUUAAGGUUAUGGUACUGAACUGGGUCUGAAGCCAAGGUGCUAAAAUGGUUUGCCAAAGAUUCUACUUUGAAUAGACUUUUUCCCCUUUUCCUCUCUUGUAUAUGCAAUUGUUUUGUCAUUCAUGUAUCUAGGUGAUUACACCUAGUUCCCAAACAUAGUCAUGACUUAUGUGUUUUGCAUGCUAGUUGAUGCCAUCAUGGCUAUCAAAAUCGAGUACGGGGUGAAGAAAAACUGGAUGGGUGAUCCGUGUUUUCCAAUCAAAUUUGCUUGGGACGGCGUGAAAUGCAGCAGUGCAAUUAGUAACAUGUCGAGGAUAACAUCAAUAGAUCUCUCCAAUAGCUCUUUGCAUGGCACAAUAACUAAGAAUUUUACACUGCUCACAGCACUCGAGAAUUUAGAUUUAUCUUACAACCAGUUGAGCGGGCCAAUACCUGAUUCCCUACCAAGUUUGCCUUCCCUACGAGUUCUAAAUGUCUCUGGCAACCAGCUGAGUAAUGAGUCCCUAUGUAAAAAUUAUACUGCACCACUUAUUUUCAGACAUGAUGCUGGCUCUGUAUGCAACAAACCUUCACCAAGCCCGCCAAGAAAUAAAGCAACUAUCAUAGCUAUUUCAGUAGUGGUUCCUGUGUUGGUAGUAAUUUUACUUCUUCUUGCAUAUUUCAUCUGGUGGGAGAAAAGAAAGCCUAAUGUGCAACCAGUCCCCAUAAAUGGCCCAACAAGAGAUCCAGAACCUGAUAAUGCUUCAGGAAGCAAAAAAGGUCAUGGGUACAACCUGAAUAAAACUGAGAAUCGCCAGUUCACAUACAAAGAGCUCGAGAAGUUCACUAAUAAUUUCAAGAAGUUCAUAGGACAAGGAGGUUUCGGGCCCGUCUACUAUGGCCGUUUGGAAGACAGCACCGAGGUUGCUGUCAAGAUGCGUUCUGAAUCAUCAUCACAUGGGCUUGAUGAAUUUUUAGCUGAGGUCCAGAGCUUGACAAAGGUGCAUCACAGGAAUCUAGUGUCUUUGAUUGGUUACUGUUGGGAGAAAGAUCAUUUGGCACUGGUUUAUGAGUACAUGUCUCAGGGCAGUCUUUUUGAUCAUCUGAGAGGAAAAAAUGGUGUUUCUGAAGCCUUGAAUUGGAGGAAACGUGUACAAGUAGUGCUUGAAGCUGCACAAGGCUUGGAUUAUCUGCACAAAGGUUGCAAUUUGCCAAUAGUUCACCGUGAUGUGAAGACCAACAACAUUCUCUUGGGUCAAAAUCUGCAAGCUAAAAUCGCAGAUUUUGGACUUUCCAAGACAUAUCUUAGCGAUACACAAACUCACAUAUCAGCCACUGCAGCUGGCACAGCUGGUUACAUGGACCCUGAGUACUACCACACUGGAAGGCUCACUGAGAGCAGCGAUGUGUACAGCUUCGGAGUUGUUCUACUUGAGGUAGCCACUGGCAAGCCUCCAAUAGUGCCAGGCCAUGGCCACAUCAUUCGGCGUGUUAAACAGAAUAUUGCCACUGGCGACAUCGGCUCAAUUGCCGAUGUGCGACUUGGAAAUGCCUAUGACAUCAGCUCCAUGUGGAAGGUAAUCGACACGGCUAUGAUGUGCACCGUGGAUUCUGCUGCUCAAAGGCCAACGAUGGCCACCGUUGUCAUACAGUUGAAGGAGAGCCUAGCGUUGGAGGAAACUCGUGAGAAGGACAGUAGCACCAGGGUAAGCCGAGGGAGUGACAUAGAAGCUAUGGUGUCCACAUUUCGUCCUUUGGCGAGAUGAAGCUGUGCCUGUACCUGGUUUCGGUUCAUGGUUGAUGCAUCCCAGCAUCCCUCUACAAGUCUACAACGGGUGUUUCUUAUGAACUUGUCUUGUGAAGACGCACUAGUGUAUAUUUGUGCACUGUUUUGAAUCUGCAGUAUAUAUGUAUGUUCAAGGACUUGGAGAGACCGAGCUUGUGUGUGCGAGUAAUAAGGUUAAGUUGCAGUUUCUCCA